UCGUAAUUUCUAACAAACAAGAGUGUCUGGAUGCUGUCGUGUGGUGGAGUGGUCCUCUAUGGUGCAAUAGGACCCAAACGCAUGUGGGCAGGAACAGGAGAAAGAAGGGCAGGUGAAAGAACCGUUUAAUGGUUGGCAGGUAGGGAUGAAGAAGAUGAUGAUGCAGCAGGAACACAUCAAGACAACACAUCAGAGAGAGAAGAAGAUCCUGAAAGAUGCUGGCUUCUCUUUGUAAGACCACAUAAAAUUCUGCACUUGAGUGUUCAAAUGGAAUAAAUAAUAUUAAUGCAUCAGAAAUUGACAGAAAUUGGAUCAUAUUGGAUCUGUCUACAAUCGAGGGAGUACUCAGCCCCCUCCAGCAUGUCAGGGGUAGAGACCCUCACCCACUGUCACUAUGCUCUGUUGUGACUGAACCAAACAACACCCUGGACACAAAUGGCUGAAAUGAGCUUUCUCUGGGUGAGGAGCUCCAUCAGGAGCUGCACUCCUCCACAGUGUAAGGAGUCAGGGGUGGUUCUGGUAUCUGAUAUGGAUGUCUCCCAGUCACCUCCCUCUAGAGCACAGGUGUCAAACCCUGGUCCUUGAGGGCUGAUACCAAAUGUUGCUGUUUUCCCUGCUUCGACACACCUGAUUUCAACCAGCAGGUGAUUAACAGGCCUCUGGAAAGCUUGAUGAGCUGCUGCACAGGCGAACCACAAACUCAACAAAAGAUGAAGGAUGCUGGCCCUCGAGGACUGGAGAUUGACACCCCUGCAGAACGUCAUGGAGCUAGUUUAGAUGUGUGCUGGUCUGGGAAGGACCAGGGAUCCUCUCCAAAGACCUUGUGUAUUCCUGGGGUGAGGGGUGUUAUGCCUCCCUCCUGGAUCUCUUUUCUCCACAACAUGACCUUGGAGAGGAAAAGGGAUGGAUGGGUGGGUGGCUAUUGGGUUUAUAAUUGAUCAUACACAAAUGCUUAUAUCACAAGUAGUAAAUUAGGACUGUAACUCGCUGAAGUUGGUCUUUUAUUGCCAAACUCCCAAUCGGAAGUGGUGUCCGUGUGCGUUAUUUGUGCGCUGACGGCGCUACACAUCUGACAGAGCUGGGAUACCGAUUUGGGAACGUUUCGGCCCUUUCCCAGCCGCUGUAGCUGCGUCUUCCUCACGACACCGAGGUCGCCGAGGCGUCGCCGGGAUCAAGCGAGCCGUUCUGUCAGUGGCUUUGAAGUCAAACCGGAUACCGCUCGUGGUCCAGACGGAGCCGUGUUUGUUUAGGGUGGUGAAAUGAGGAGGGGGUGGAGAGUCGCCACAGAGACGCUGGGCUCUGGCCAAGCAUCGCCGCAUUUUAGCGCCCCUUCUCCUGCCACCUCUCCCUCCUUCAUGCUCGGGAUUUUGCAUUGAGCUGCAAUUGCUUCUUCGCAGAUCACACACACACACACACACACACACACACACACACACACACACACACACACACACACACACUGCAAGGUGGACACACACACACUGCAAGGUGGAAGAUGCAGCCCGUCUGAGGACACCCCCACCUCUCCCCCUCUCUACCAGAUAUCCGUCGCUGCCAUGACAGCCAGAGGUCUCCUCUCGAGCUCGGCUCGGUCUCUGGGAGAACAGGCAGAGUGAUUCGGGACGGUGGCUCGCAUCUGCGGAUGUCAUUGUGUCCGUGGAGCCUGUGAACACCAUCCGCGCAAACGCACCGAGAUUCCUACUCAGGGGGGGGAGACAAGACGGAAGGGGGGAGGAAAAUAUGUCCUCUCGAUCUGCGUUACCGUCUGGGAGCGACAGGAGCACAGGGGAACAUCAUGUGUCGCUGGGGGCCAGCCGUUCAGACAAGGCCACGAGCCAGUCCAGCCGCUCUCUGGGCGCCCGCUGCAGGAACUCCAUCGCCUCCUGCUCUGAUGAGCAGCCACACAUUGGCAACUACCGUCUGCUCAAGACCAUUGGCAAGGGAAACUUUGCCAAAGUCAAACUGGCUCGCCACAUUCUGACAGGCAGAGAGGUUGCAAUAAAAAUCAUCGAUAAAACUCAGUUGAACCCAACCAGCCUACAAAAGCUUUUCCGUGAGGUGCGAAUAAUGAAGGGCCUAAAUCACCCUAACAUAGUGAAGCUGUUUGAGGUGAUUGAGACGGAUAAGACCCUUUACCUGGUCAUGGAGUAUGCCAGUGGAGGGGAAGUGUUUGACUACCUCGUGUCUCAUGGGAGAAUGAAGGAGGUUGAAGCCAGAGCCAAAUUUCGUCAGAUCGUCUCUGCUGUCCACUACUGCCACACCAAGAACAUAGUCCACCGAGAUCUGAAGGCGGAGAACCUUCUGCUGGAUGCCGACGCUAACAUCAAGAUAGCUGAUUUUGGCUUCAGCAAUGAGUUCACUCUGGGAAACAAGCUGGACACGUUCUGUGGCUCGCCGCCCUACGCUGCCCCCGAGCUCUUCCAGGGGAAGAAGUAUGAUGGGCCCGAGGUGGAUGUCUGGAGUCUGGGAGUCAUCCUCUACACUCUGGUCAGCGGCUCGCUGCCUUUUGAUGGACAGAACCUCAAGGAGCUGAGGGAGCGUGUGCUGAGAGGAAAGUACCGAGUGCCCUUCUACAUGUCAACUGACUGUGAGGGAAUCCUUCGCCGAUUCCUGGUGCUCAAUCCAGCCAAGCGCUGCACGCUGGAGCAAGUCAUGAAGGACAAAUGGAUAAACACAGGGUACGAGGGUGACGACCUGAAGCCCCACAUAGAGCCUGUGGAGGACUACAGUGAUCCGGCUCGCAUAGAGGUGAUGGUCGGGAUGGGCUUCACCCCCGAGGAAAUCAAAGACUCUCUGCUCAAUCAGAAAUACAACGAGGUCACCGCCACAUAUUUGCUCCUGGGCCGAAAAGGCGAUGAGAGCAGUGAUGCCCGCUCUGCUAGUAGCCUGUCCUUGGCGAGGGUACGACCCAGCCCGAUCACUAACGGGACCAACAAACACUCCUCAGCCACUGGCUCCUCCUCCUCCUCCACCUCCUCUUCGCAUAGCAAGACCCAGCGCAGUGCCUCCACCUACCACAGGCAGCGACGGCACAGCGACUUCUGUGGGCCUUCCAUGCCCGUCAUGCACCCCAAGCGGAGCCCGACCAGCACGGGGGACCGGGAGCUGCGGGAAUGCCGGAUGCCUUCUCGUAAGGCCAGCUGCAGCGUUAUGGGGAGCCACAGCCUGCCCCCCUCCAGCCCAAUGGUCAGCAGUGCCAAUAACCCCAACAAGUCCGAGAUCCCAGACCGCCGCAAAGACAUGACUGCCACCACGAAUAACAUCCCUGGGAGCACCAUGACACGCCGGAACACCUACGUGUGCACGGACCGCUCGGGCGCUGACAGACACUCACUCCUGCAGAAUGGCAAAGAAAACAGCUCUCUGGGUCACCGCCUGCCUGCAGCUUCUCCCUCCACGCUCAGCAUCUCUGGAGCUGGAGCAGCUUCCUCCUCGUCCUCUUCGGACCGGUGCCGUUUGACCCGAGGGUCCACCAUCCGCAGCACCUUCCAUGGGGGACAGCUGAGAGACCGUGGUCCUCCCGUCUACUCUGCCCCACCCACAUCACCCACCCUGUCCCACCAUGAAGCCAGCCCGUUGCCCCAUGCUCGCACCAGGGCAACCUCCAACCUCUUCACCAAGCUGACCUCAAAACUCACUCGCAGGGUCACAAAUGAAUCUGAGGGAAUCAGGAGACUUGCGGUCACAAGUUGCCAUCUACCUGGGUAUCAAAAAGCGUCCGAGCCCCGGGCCAUCGGACGUGGCUGGAAUCUGAGAGGCGGUGGGCGGCGGGACCCUGCGGAGGUUGUUCUGGCUCUGCGGGAGGCAGCACUCGGAUGUGGCUGCCAGGUCCACCAUUCUGGCCCCUUUCUGCUCUCUUGCACCCAUGGCAUGGCAGGGGGCCGUGUGGCUUUUGAGGCCGAGGUGUGCCAUCUCUCCACGGGCACCUCCGACACUUCUAACGGGGUGCGCUACACGCGACUCUGGGGGGCACCGCUAGCUUUUCGGGACAUUGCCACCCAGAUCUCUAAAGACCUUGAACUUUGAGCCAGAGGGUUGUUUGAGUUUGCGUGUGUGUGUGUGUGUGUGUGUGUGUGUGCGUGUGUGUGAGUGAGUGCAGAGAGAAUUGAAAAAGAGUGUGUGGGGGGAUGGAGACAGGGCAAGGGGCUGGACCCUUUCAACAUACAACUACCCCCCGCCUUUCACAUACACACACUCACACAUUCGACUUGUAAAGACUGAAGCAGCCCCACCCCUACGUCUAACUCAGCCAGCUUGAUCUCCGAGCCACAGCAGCCGCUGGAUCUGGACCAGAGGGGGUCUAGCUGCCUUUUCUGUUCUAGCCAUAACGACUCUUUUCUUUUUGCUCCGAUCUUAGCUUUCAGCCACGGUCACCUUCAUUCCCUCGUUACUCAGACACCACUGACCACCCUGUAUUAUAAAUCCUCUCUUCAAUGCCAGUAACUUUCACCCUUUACUCUUUUUUUCCCCUUAUCAACAAUGACCUGCUGACCUUUGACCUCUUGGGAACAGUAACAUGCACAUUCGUGAAGCGAGCAGCUGCAUUGCUUUGACUGAUGUACACACAGCGGUGAUGCAUGCACUGGAUUAAGGUCAGGGGGAGGUGAUGUGUCUGUUAACAGCCAAUCAGAGGGCAAUGUGGAGAAAAGCUAUCCAACCAGUGAUACAAUCAACCUUCUGUUCUUAAUCCAAAGCUAGUUCCAUCUCAAACUCACAGCAUUUAUUUCAUUUACCUAUGUAACUUAUAUUUGAUGCUUAAAGAACACCGGGAUGGUGUGUGGAGGAGUAGGUGGGAUUUUUAUCCCCACAUCAUGGGUCUAGACCAGCGGUCUUGAACUAAAUUGGUUCAAGGGGCAAGAUUUUUUCCAGCAGACACCAAGAGGGCCAGAUGCUCUUCUCUUCUAGGGCCCAAAGGGUUGGGGGGCCGGGUGGAAAGGUCUGGUUGGCUGGAUGUGGCCCGCAGGCCGCCAGAUGAGGUUCACUGCGGUAGACUUUGGUUCCAAAGAUGCAACAUGGAGAUGCCUGUGAACGGGAUAUCGUAGCUUCAGUUAAACAAUAGAAUACCGGAUCUACUUAUCACGGAAAUCAGUGGGACGGAUACACUUGUCUUUUCUGCACGCCAGACGUUCUUGAACUGCUGUGUCUUUUAUACAGUCAUUUGGAUUGAAAUGUAAUUCUUAAGGUUUUUUCCUCCAUUCGUAGAAAGAUGUUCGCUACAACAUAAUACAGGGUUUUAGGUCUAAUCAGAAACUCGACCAGUGAUGGCUCCCUGGAAAACCGCUCUGAUUUUUCCAGUGAGUUUCACUAAACAAACAGCAGUUAUCUAAAUUCUGGUGGAGUUUUUCAUCUUAAAGCCUUCAGCAACUCAGCUGAAGUCAUCAGCCUUAUCCCUGGAAGCACCGGUCACCGCUCCUCAAACCAACCACUCCGGUUGUGAGUUUAGUUAAGUGUCAGUGCAAUGCAGCUCUUGCAUGGAUUUGGUCGGGUGCUGUGAUCUCACUCAUUACCUCCCACCGAUGGAAAACACCAAAAACACGGAUCAGCCAAGCAGCAAAACCCCCAGAGUCUGCACACACACCUCUCCACGCAGACCCAACACACACUCCCAGACCUGUUCAUCCUCGGGGCACAGGUACUAAACUGCUCGGUUGUUCUUGAUGACUGCUUGGGUCAGGGGAGUGCUCUGUCUGAAAAGGCAUGACGGAGGCAAUGUGGACAGUGUUUUCUUCUUCUUUGUCCAGUUGCCUUUAAAACCAACAGCCCUUCAUACAGUACAUAUUUAAUGUAAAAACAAAAACAGCUUUCUAUACUCCCUCCCAGUUUUUAGUGAAUACUGUACUGUGAUAUUUGCGUAGGCUACAGAAGUCAUAUUGUUUGGCUGCUGAUUUACUGUUAAUACUAUCUCUCAGUUGUGGCUUUUUUUCAUGGUGACCCAAAUCAGCCCAGUUCCCGCCCCAGCUCCCCAUCAUUCCCACCCAUCAGGAAUUCACCAACAGCUGUUCUUCACCUUCAUACACACCAAGAACUUUUUUCUAUUGGUCGCCAAGAGCAUCUGGCUUUGUUUCCAGAGAGGAACAAUGAGCCGUCAUUAACUCCUUCAUGUUGUUUGGCAUCUUCUCCGUCCUGUUUAGUGUGUGCUGUUUCUGGUAGUCUAACAGGGGAGGCUGUUUUUGACCUGCUCUCCUCCUCAGGUUAAGAAGCAGACACCAAAAUGGACACCUGGAGUCUGUCCCUGUCCUCUCCCUGGAUGUUUUCAUUGCGGUGUAUGUUAGCAUUAGGUAAUAUAGACCUCAAUGCACUUUGCUUUGACUUGAAUCAGCUCCUUCCAGUGUACCUGUUCAGGUAAUGACCAGAACUAGUCACUGGAGGGCGCCAAUGUCUUAAAUGUGAAACACUUCAACUUGUGGAUAUUUGCACAGGUACUUUAUUUAUUUUUUAGAAUAUUAUAAUAAAAAAUUGAUUUAUAUCAGUCAUUUGAUGGCUGUAUAUAAAAUAUAUGAAUAUAGUAUAUAUCUUAGAACUCAAGGUUUAUUUAUAGCUAGAAGAAGGGAAGUAAUACUAGAUUAAACCAGUUUCUGUCAGUGACAUGAGAGAACAAAACCAACCUGCAAUCCUGCAUGAUGACUUCAGGGUAUGGGUUUUAGUGGGAAUAAAGAAAAAUGAUGUACGCCAAGCAUUGGAGGCUUAAUGAAAUACAGACACUAUCAGUUUGUAGAACUCAAUUGUUCUGAAACAUUUUUCCUUUCCCUUUCACAAAGACCAACAGAAGGGCUCCAGUGAGGAACGGUGAUUUUACUCCACCUUGUUGCUAGAUGAUAGGAAUUGAACUGAACAACCCUGAAAACUACAUGACAUGUUCCAAAGCCCUGAGUUGAAACCAAGCCAUAGAAAAGUUACGCUACCGUCUUCUGAUCCCAACCAAGUAUCAGGCUAAGUGCUGAGUACUUUAGUGGGUGUUUAGUUUUCUUUCUUUUUUCGUAAAAUGGAAGAAAGAGGGUAACCAGAGUCACAAAGCUCAUUUAUAUUAUAAGGUGGAUGAACGUUGUCUGGAAGUGAAAUAUACUGUGAAUUUUUUUUAUAGUGUUUGUUGAACUGAGUGUUGAAGGGACUGCUAAGAGGCUGGUCUGGUAUGAGACACAACAGUAUUAGGACUCCAUGGGGCUCAGUGUUUUAAAAGGCACCGUCAUCUCUAAACUGCUACUGGAACAGUUGUGUUAUAUGCAAAAGAGACAGUUUCACUAUGGGUUCAUGUUCUCUGUCCUGCUGUUUAAUCCUUUUCCUCACAAGCGAACUGUAGACUGAGACUGGGUGGUUUUGGUAAAUGUAGAGAUCAUGGAGCUGAAGUUGAAUAAAAUUCACAGAUGUUGGUA